ACCUUGACAUGUCAAAAACAGUACUACAUCUUCAUGUCUCUAACCCUUUGAUAGUCAACUCUGUACUACACCUUGAUCAAUCUAGUUCCUCAUUUCUCUAGUUAUUGCCUGAAUAAGCCUGAACUCAUAUGGAGUAAUGGAGAAUCAAAAAUUAGAUCGAGGGGGAGAACUUUAGAGACAACAGCCAUGGCACGUUGUAAUACCAUGAAAUUAGCUCUCAAACCCAACACAGUAACAAUUCUAGUUCUUCUCAUCUGUCUUAUUCCAUUGUUUUUCUCUCAAGUUGCUAAUGGUCAUGGAAGUUCUCAUUCUGAUGAUGAAGAACAUGUUGACGAUGUUGGGACGCAAUCGGACGUGCAAAAGGGUUUAGUUCUUGUGAAAGUAUAUUGUCUUAUAAUAUUUUUGGUGUCCACUUUUGUAGGUGGAGUAUCUCCAUAUUACUUGAGGUGGAAUGAAACUUUUCUACUGUUAGGAACUCAAUUUGCUGGUGGGAUUUUUCUUGGGACUUCUCUAAUGCAUUUCUUAAGUGAUUCGAAUGAGACUUUUAAGGAUCUCACUAAAAAUCGCUAUCCUUUUGCUUUCAUGCUUGCAUCAUUUGGUUAUGCCUCUACUAUGUUAGGUGAUUGUAUAAUUUCAUAUGUCACACAACGCUCUCGUAGUAACAGAGAUUCUAAAAUCGAAGUUGAAGAAGGAAGGUCAAUGGAAGAACUAGAGAGAAACACGAUUGCACCGUCAACGCAUCUUCAACCAGCUGAAGUUUUGUUGAAGAAUUCUUCAUUUAGUGAUACUAUGCUUCUGAUUGCUGCACUUUGUUUUCAUUCAAUUUUCGAAGGCAUAGCCGUUGGAGUUGCAGAUAAUAAAGCUGAUGCAUGGAGAAGUUUAUGGACCAUAUCACUGCACAAGAUAUUUGCAGCCAUUGCCAUGGGAAUUGCACUGCUUAGGUUGUUACCAGACAGGGCGUUCCUUACCACCAUUGCUUACUCAUUUGCAUUCGCGGUUUCAAGUCCAAUUGGAGUAGGCAUAGGUAUUGGUAUUGAUGCCACUGCCGAUAGAAAAGUAGCUGAUUGGAUUUAUGCCAUAACAACGGGUUUCGCUACUGGAAUUUUCAUCUAUGUUGCCAUUCACCAUCUUAUUUCUAAAGGCUUUAAACCACAAAAACCUUCUUACUUCAAUACCCCGUUUUUUAAGUUUGCUUCGGUGCUUUUAGGCGUGGGAGUGAUGGCAGUGGCCAUGAUCUGGGAUUAGUACUGAAUUUGGUCGUGCAAAAAUUCGAUUAAUUUAUUUCUGUAUGUUUUGUGAAAUGUUAUUGUGUGUAAGAUAUUAAAAAGAAAGAUAAACCAUGGUCGAAUGGCUGUUGAUCGGCCGUCGAUCGAAUCUUUUCCCGUCUAAAUGCGUUGAUUUGCUGCAUUUGCUUUUUCUGUGUUAAUCACAGAGUUGAUGUAAUAUAUUUUUCAUAAUUCAUUUGUUAUCUGUCUCUUUCA